ACACAGGGACUCACGCAUGUUCUUGUAAGCUGCAACCGUACUACCAAGGAAAUUCCUCAGACCUCCAGGGUCAACUCGCUGCAGAAAGACAAGGGACCAAGGAGGACGCCACAAAGAAACGUGAUGGCCACCGAAGGAAAUCAGACUAAAGCUGAGCACAUGGUGUUAGCAAAUAACACUUCACCUCCAUCCUAUGGGAGCAGACCUAACAGAGAAGCUAAACAUGCAAAUAAUGGUCCAGAAGCAUGGCGAAGCUCUGACCACCUGUGGCUAUCAAAGCAGCGGAGCAGCCCUUCCCUUCUCUUCUACAGAAAGCUUUCAUGUGACAGUGUGGAGGGGACGUUUAUGGCUGAAGAACACGUAGACUUUAAAUACAGCGCUGAAGUUCUGAACGAAAAAGAAAAACUUUUUGCUGAGCGGUCGACCGUGAAGAAUAUUGGAGGAGAAACUCCAGAACUUAAAGAACGUUCCGAGGGAUCUUUAUGGAAACUGGAAAACGUUGGAGACUUUGUGGAUUCAAAAGAGAACAAAACUGGCAGCACUCACUGCUCCUGUGGCCUGUCAAGCUCUUCCACAUGCACAAACGCUUACUCUUGCCACAGUUCCAUGUCCAGUCCAAGUCCCAGCUCCAGUCCCACUCAGUGUCGUCACCUCAACUCUGGUUCUUCUUGCACCAACAAGAGACACAUCCGCCGCGGCAGUUUGCCUGUGUCUAUGCUGGCUUUCCACAAGAUAUCUCACAUCUCCUCUCAGGGCAGUCCCUGGAGCGAGCCAAGCUCAUUGGUGUCAUCUCCCAGUGGUUCCCCUCUUCUCAGCCACCGGCACCAAAAUGGACACGUAUCCCGGCACUGCCUCAAAGAUGGAUAUUCAAGUUUAGGGAGGUUCAACAAAAGGCAGCGGGUUAACAAGUGCAACUUGGAGAAACUAUUCCUUCGACCCGCGUCUCUAGAAAUCCUGACGACAAACAUGGGAUCAUCCUCGGAAGGGUCCAGGCAUUGCAUCAGUGGUGGGAGCAGCAGCAGCAGUGAUGAGGAGGGAGGAGAGAUGCUGUUGGAUACUUCAGAGUUCGUCAGGGACCGUAAAGAACGUUCUACUGUCCUGGUGAGACGAUUCUUCAAGAACAAUCAAAAGGUGACCAAGUCGGUGUGUACUGGAACCAGAGCCAUUGUCAGAACUCUGCCAUCGGGUCGAAUCUCUGAGGAUGUCUGCACGGUCGUUGUUGAAAACAGGUUCUGGCAUCCCAGCAAGGAGGAUAUGUGGCCAAUUUUAGUGCGCGGAGAAGAAUUUAGAGGCCGCAGAGAGAUGCUUCGCUUCAGUGGAGUGAGUCUGCAUCAGGUUACCAGCUGUGUGCAGGACAGAGAAGAAGUCAGUCUAAUUCACCCCGCGAAAAAGCUCCUGUUGUCCUGGCCUGGAUGUGUUCGUCUCAGGGAGUCUUUUUGUCCAUUCCACGUCGCCCUCAGCACCAGCCCAGCCAGACCUGACUUGAAACACUGUCCUAAUCCCUUGUCUUGUCAUCCUUCUUAUCCACCCAGGUUGUAUCGUGCUUGUGAUCAGAGGACAUCAUUGAGUUCUCUGUUGACUGGAGCACUACUAGAGGCCACAGUUGUACUUGGAUCCCGCUCUGCUCUACCUUGUCCUUUACUCCAGAGCCCAAACAGCCACGCUGUGCUAAAAGAGCGUCAGCUGGCGAACAGUAUGACCAGCAGCAACUCUCUUUCUCCCAGUGUCAGUGGGAUCAGCAAGGAGCUGGCGGAACUGCGACACCUCAUUCAGUUCCCAGAGGAGAUCGCCUGUAUCCUUACUGAGCAAGAGCAGCAGCUUUACCAGCAGGUCUUUCCCUUGGACUACCUCUGUUUCCUCACUCGAGACUUGGGCAGUCCCGAGUGUCAAACGAAGCGCCACCCAAACCUCAAGUCCUCGCUGUCGGUGCCUGCCAUGCCCACUCAGAGCGCUCAGCGGCGUAAUGCUGUAGAGGACCUGGUGGCUCGGUUUAACGAGGUGAGUUCCUGGGUGACAUGGCUGGUCCUGACAGCAGGGUCCAUGGAGGAGAAGCGAGAUGUCUUCUCAAAUCUCGUCCACGUUGCUAAAUGCUGCUGGAACAUGGGAAACUACAAUGGCAUCAUGGAGUUCCUGGCUGGAUUAAGGUCCCGUAAGGUGCUGAAGAUGUGGCAGUUCAUGGACCAGUCAGACAUUGAGACCAUGAGAAGUUUAAAGGAUGCCAUGGCCCAGCACGAAUCGUCUUCCGAGUACAAGAAGGUUGUGACCAGAGCACUCAAUAUCCCAGGAUGCAAGGUGGUGCCAUUCUGUGGGGUUUUUCUUAAAGAGCUCAGUGAUGUAUUGGAUGGCACUGCAAGCAUCAUCAGCCUAAAACAACCUCCAGACCAUGGCGAUGACUCAAUAGAGUUCGUCUCUGACUACAAUGGCCAGCACAAUUUCAUGUCGCGAGCUGGUCCAGAUGGGCUGCACAUCCCAGAGAAGGAAGCUACUGUCAGUAACAUCCUGCAAAUUAUCAGAUCUUGUAAUCGUAGUUUGGAGUCUGAAGAUCCAGAUGAAGCGUCCACCAGUCCCUCUUCUACUUGUUCGUCCUUUGCAUUCAGAUGCAACUCCUUAAGGGACCGCUGCCGCAAUCAUUCCCAUUCAUUUAGGACAACGCCAGAACCAGACCAUAUUUUAUUCACAGCUGGGGAUUUGUCCGACUCAGACGGUGACUUGUCGACUGAACCAGCUGUGAAAGACGUGGAGUUUCAGGGUACGGAGGAGACGCACCGAGCUUUCAGUCACGGCACAGAACUCAUACCAUGGUAUGUUUUGUCGCUACAACCAGAUGUUCAUCAGUUUCUGCUGCAAGGGGCCACAGUCAUUCAUUAUGAGCAGGACAGCCACCUCACGGCUCGGUGUCUGCUGCGACUACUGCCCGAUAACAUAACACUCACCUGGGGUAAGCCUCAAAGUGGAGGGGGUUCAUCAUCAGAGCAUCCACUGGGAUUAGGACAGAGUGUAGUGGCGGGUCUAGCAGAAGGCCUGUUGGACCUUGGAGUGGUGAAGGCAGUAUUUCUUGGUCAUCAGGGUGUGGAUGUGCAUGCUGUAUGUUUGCAAAACAAGCUGAGCCAAUUGACAGUGGAGGACAAUGGUCUGACACUCCUCUAUGGACUGAGUACCACCGACAACAGACUUCUGCACUUUGUGGCCCCCAAUCACACGGCACAGACGCUCUAUAAGGGCCUUUCAGAGUUGGUGAAUUCAACCAGGAAGCUGAAGAAGUUUCCAGACCAAAGGCUGCAAUGGCUGAGGAGGCAGUACAUCAGCUUGUAUCAGGAGGACGGCAGGUACGAAGGUCCUACAUUAGCUCAGGCCAUUGAGCUGUUUGGUGGGCGGAGGUGGAACAUGGGUACAGGGACUGCAGAGAAACCCAGUACCCAGAAAAACAGCCCCCUGAGCAUCAACGAUAAGUCCAAGAAGAAGAAGAAAGCCCUCGUUAGGGGGGACAGUGGAGAUGCUACUGAUGAUGAGAUGGUUUCCAGGAAAACUCGGAGCUGUAAGGAAGGUUUACUUCGAAAUGGUCCAGAGUCUGACAGCGUCGACCAAGAUGAUCCAGAUGACAACUUCCCUGGACCGUUCUCUCUCUCAUCCAAUAAGAACGCAGGCUUAUUAGCAUCAUCUUCUUCAGCAUCCUCUACCUCCAGUAUGACGGGAUCCAACCACUCUCGCCCACAAUCAUCUCCAGUCCUUUCAGGAUCCUCCAAGUCACAGCCAGCCGCGUGGAGCAGCAGAUCGUGGCACGGCCGAGGUAAAGGCUGCUUCAGAGGCUUCCAGAAUCUCAUGAUUUCUGACAGCACCAUGAGCUUCAUUGAGUUCGUUGAGCUUUUCAAGUCAUUCAGCAUCCGAAGCAGGAAGGACCUGAAAGAAAUAUUUGACACCUUCGCUGUACCCUGCAGUCGCUCAGGCCCAGAAUCAUCCCCUCUUUACACCAACCUCAGGAUAGAUGAUAAAGACACAGGACUACAGCCAGAUCUUGACCUACUAACCCGUAAUGGCUCCGACCUCGGCCUGUUUAUACGGACGAGGCAGCAGAUGUCUGACAACCAGAAGCAGAUCUCAGAUGCAAUUGCAGCAGCCAGCAUCGUGACCAAUGGCACAGGGGUAGAGAACGCAUCUCUAGGUGUCCUGGGAUUGGCUAUCCCUCAGCUCAACGACUUUUUAGUCAAUUGUCAGAGAGAGCACCUCAGUUUCGAUGAGAUCCUCAGCAUUAUACAGAAAUUUGAACCCUCGUCCACAAUGAGACAAAUGGGCUGGAUGUCAUUUGAGGGUUUUGCCAGGUUCCUAAUGGACAAGGAUAACUUUGCCUCUCGUAAUGAAGAAUCUCAAAUGAAUCCAGACGAGCUGCAGUACCCUCUGUCAUACUACUACGUUGAGUCUUCUCACAACACCUAUCUGACCGGGCACCAGCUCAAAGGAGAGUCCUCUGUUGAGCUUUACAGUCAUGUUCUGCUUCAGGGCUGUAGGAGUGUUGAGUUGGACUGCUGGGAUGGAGAUGACGGCAUGCCAGUUAUUUACCAUGGGCAUACACUCACCACUAAGAUCCCCUUUAAGGAUGUGGUGGAAGCAAUUAACCGGUCUGCAUUUGUCCAUUCUGACAUGCCAGUCAUAUUAUCCAUAGAGAACCACUGCUCUCUUCCACAGCAGCGGAAGAUGGCUGAAAUCUUCAAGACGGUGUGCGGGGAGCGCCUGGUGACACGCUUCCUUUUUGAAAGCGACUUCAGCGAUGACCCUCACCUGCCGUCGCCUCUACAGCUGCGUGGGAAGAUCCUCCUCAAAAACAAGAAACUCAAAGCUCAUCAAGCACCGGUGGACAUCCUUAAACAGAAGGCUCACCAACUGGCCCACAUGCAUGCACAGGCAUGCAACGGAGGAGUUACUUCACCAAACAACCAUACAAAUGAGGAGGAGGAGGAAGAAGAGGAUGAAUAUGACUAUGACUAUGAGUCUCUGUCAGAUGCUGAUGUCCUCACAGCCUCCACUGCCUCAUAUGGCCUUGAAGAUAACAUCCUGGAUGAUAAGCCUGAUGUCAAAGGUCCAGCAGACAAAGAAGAACAGCCUACUGAUGAAAUACCUAAAAGAAUGAAGAAGGCUGACAAUAUGAUGCAGAGUAAAGGAAAGGUGUUUGACAUGGAGCUCGGCGAGGAGUUUUACCUUCCUCAGAACAAGAAGGAGAGCCGGCAGAUUGCUCAGGAGCUCUCUGACCUCGUCAUUUACUGCCAGGCUGUAAAGUUCCCUGGCUUGUCUACAUUGUCUCCAACUGGCUCUAGUAGAGGAAAGGAUCGAGGAAAGAGCAGAAAGUCUAUAUUUGGCACAGCUCCAUCUCGCUGCACCACAACGGGGGAGCUGAUGGCUCAGAGCCGAGCUCCAGGGAAAGGUGGCUCCGAGCGCCUCAGCUGGGAGGAACAACAAACAUCCCCUGUUCUCAACGCCCCCACAUCACUCAGCGCCAUCAUCCGCACGCCAAAGUGCUACCACAUCUCCUCCGUCAACGAGAACGCUGCUAAACGCUUGUGCCGGCGCUACUCUCAAAAACUGAUCCAGCACACGGUGUGCCAGCUGCUCCGAACUUACCCAGCAGCCACCAGGAUCGACUCAACCAAUCCCAACCCGCUGCUGUUCUGGCUGCAUGGAAUCCAGCUGGUGGCCCUCAACUAUCAGACUGAUGAUCUGCCUAUGCAGCUGAACACAGCAUUGUUUGAGGCCAACGGGGGCUGUGGCUAUGUGCUGAAGCCUGCAGUGCUUUGGGACCGUAGCUGUCCACUUUACCAGCAGUUCUGUCCGAAUGAAAGAGAUCUGGAGAAAAUGAGUCCUGCUGUGUAUUCUCUCACUAUUGUUUCUGGUCAGAACGUUUGUCCGGCCAGCAGCUCCGGCAGUCCUUGCAUCGAGGUAGAUGUUCUGGGUAUGCCGGCCGACAGCUGUCACUUUCGUACCAAACCCAUCCACCGCAACACCCUCAACCCCAUGUGGAGCGAGCGCUUUCAGUUCACUGUGCAUUUCGAAGAGAUGUGUUUCCUGCGAUUUGCUGUAGUGGAGAACAACAGCUCCCAGAUCACUGCUCAGAGAACUCUGCUUCUGAAGGCCCUCAAACCAGGUUACAGACAUGUUCAGUUGAGGACGCAGCACAAUGAACCUCUUGAAGUGUCCAGCUUGUUCAUCUAUAGCCACAGAAAAGAGGAAGGUCCUGCAGGGGGCGCAACUCCUUCAUCUUUGCUUUUCAGCUCAGAGGAGAAACAUGCUUCUCAGCAACACAGAGUGACAGUCCAUGGAGCUCCUGGUCCUGAGCCCUUCAGGGUUUUCUCCGUUACAGAGCAGACCACUGCCAAACAGCUGCUGGACAUGGUUGUGGUGUCAGCAGGAAACCCAUCAGAUUACUAUUUGUGUGAGGAGAAGGUCCCCUUGUUGAAGGAGCGCAGCGACGUAAAGCGCUGUGCUCACCAUCGACCGUUAGCGCCUGAAGAAGAGGUGGUCAGGCUCGUGUGCAGCUGGGACACCGAGGAGGGAUAUGUGGGGAAGAUCUUCCUCAAAACAAGAGACGAGAACUUCAAUGAGAAAAUCACAGUCCUGGAGAGGGAGGAGGAGACGACUGUGGGAGGGAAAGAUGGAGGAGGAGGAGAGGAUGAUAUGUUCUUUGUCCAGGUCCAUGAAGUCUCACCAGAACAGCCUCACACGGUGAUCAAGGCCCCGCGGUACAGCACUGCUCAGGACAUCAUACAGCAGACCCUUUCUAAGGCGAAGUAUUCCUUCAGUAUCCUGACCAAUCCCAACCCAUGUGACUACAUGCUGGUGGAGGAAGUUACCCGGGAUGCCGGGUCUAAGAAGUCCUUCACCACCAAGACCCUUCAGCGGGCGCUGCUGGACCACGAGUGUGUUUACCAAGCUCAGAACCGCUGGCGGGGCGUGGGAAAGUUCAUUCUUAAAUUCAAAGAGCAGGUGGUGCGAGAGGACAAAAAGAAAGUAAUUUCCUUUGCCAGCGAGUUAAAAAAGCUGACGAGCCGCAGCCGCAGCAUGACCACUGGCGCCGGCGUGGACGGCCCGGCUCAGAGGUGUCUGUCUGCAGCUGCAAGUCUGAAGGUGUGGGUGGCAGAGGGCAGGGUGGGGGCUGGAAGGUUCCUCCAGGCCUCCUCCUUUAACCUCCUCCAACCCGUCCAUCUUCCCACCUGCUCUCUGACCCUCCGAGCCUGGAAGCUUCACCUCCUCAGGAACUGGAAGAUCCACAAAUGA